GAGGAGGAUAUUAGCAGUAGUAGCAAUAACCCUGCUAGCAAUUUGCAGCAUGUUUUGUUGCCUGCAGGUUAUAAGCGGCUUUGAUUCUACGUUAUGUUCAGGAAGCGACAGCACGGGGAGGUGCAGCCUGGCUUCGUUCCCCGAGCCGGCAAAUGAGGGUCAGGAAAAGUUGUUCGAUCAUUUUAAGGACGACGUCUUCCACUACGCAUGGAGACGGGCUGCCACUCGAGAGAUUUCUGGGAGGAUGAAGAAGAAGCUGGCCACCGUCCAUUGCCGGUGUUCGCCUCUUUUAGCUGCGACGAGGACCCGGCCAAUAAUGGUACUGAUGUGAAGUGCGUUCAGUGUUUCGCUGAUGGCUUCGCCGCCCUGAAACAAGGGUGCCAGGGCCGAGCCGGAGGAACUGUCCUGUUGGGUGACUGUUGCGUAAGGUACGAGAUUUACGACAUAUGCAUGUAGCCGCGGACAAUAAGAUUUAUUAUUGAACCUCGAUCUCCCAACAAUUCGGAUUAUUGGGAUGAACUGGGUUCUUGUUAGUUAGCUAGUCAUUUGGCUCAUCUUGGAAACAUCGAUAUGGAUCCUGUAGAAGAAUACUGAAUGUAAUAAAAAAAAAACUCAUCAACUCGACUCUAAGUUUAUGAGAUUUUUCGAAAAGAUAUAAGCCUGUUGCUUGCAGUACUUCUCGUUUUUAUAGUUUGUAAAUUAACUUACGCUGUGCAUGUAUGCUGCACAUAAAAUACGUGUGAGUAUUUUACUGUGAUAUUAUAUAUGAGCAUUUUACUUCAUAUUUUUUCGAAUUUUAUACAAAGAAUGCAAUCAAUGAGGUGAAUAAAAAUCCUAAAUUAACAUGUCUGAACUAAUUUGAGUUCACAUGAUAGAAUGAAACAAUGAGAUUCGUCUUAAAAAGGAUAACAUAUUAAUCAACAAUCUUUGGAACAAAUAUGUUCUAGAAACAGUGCUUACAUAUCACAUGAAAGAACUAAGCAUAAUGAAAUAGAUUGCUAUCCUAUGAGAGAAGAAGGAAAAAAAAAACGAAAAAAAACUUCGAUCUCAAAUCAUGAAAAUUCUUCAUGUCUCUACUAUACAUCAGCUAGCAAACUUCUUUACCAAACCUCUGCACCUCCAACACCAUUCAACUCACUCAUCUCCAAACUUGCUGUCCACAAUCUGUGCCCACCAGAUUGAGCCGGGAAGAACCAAAGAAGAAUAUCAAGGGAAAAUAUAAAUUUUUUGAUCAUUCAGAAUCCUCGAAUUUGUCUGUGAAAGUCAAGCAAAGACUCAACUGGAGUGGCGUCGUAUCGUACAGUAUAGAGACGCAUGUGGACCGAAUUGCAAGAGUUCAUUUAUUAUUAUUAUUUUUUAUUCAAGAGUUCAUUUAUGGAGUAAUGCAUCUUUCCCUUUUGCUUUAGACCAUAUUAUCUUCUCUAAAUGUAGGCCAACAUAACUUGUCAUGUAGUGACCAAAAUCUUGACUAUUUAAACUAAGAGACGAAUAAGAUGAAAUCAAAUUAGGCUAAGAAAGAGUGAGAUGGAACCAAGUCUAUGCAGAUUUAAACUAAGAGAAGAAUAAGAAUGGGGAAAAAUCAAACUAAGAGAUGAAUGAAAUGAAACCAAAGUCUAGGAUUCUCAGCCAACUUUUGGUGCUUUUGUUAAUAUGGCAUCGGAUCUUCUGAACAUAAUGCUAGCCAAAUAUGAAAUACUGAGAACUUCGAUUCCUUUAAAGCUAAGAGCCUGGCCAGUUACGCUAAGUCCCUGGUGUCCGUUAGCUGAAUAUGAAAGAUUAAUUGGUAGCCAAUCCCAAUUGGUCAUACAAGGAAAUGAAUGGGAUUCAAAGAGCCCAGCUUUCUACAAAAAUUUCCACGAGAAUUCGAUUUAAUUGGAUAGAGUAAAAUCAAACCAGAAUGAUUUUUUAUGGGUAUUGGUAAAAUUCGAAUUCGAAUAUUGUGAAUAAUGGAUGAACAUGAUAUUUUUAUUGUCCGCUUGAAUCCGUCCGAUUAUAUAUAUUUUUUUAUCUAGACAUUAUAAUUAUUUGUCUUCUCAUACUUGAUAUUUACUAUAUAUAUAUAUAUGGUAUAUAUAAAAGUAUUUUCAUAAAAUUGUAUUCCUUUUAGCAAAAAUUUCUCUAUGUUCUGGUGAUUUGUUGUUAUAUAUUUCACUUAUGUAAUGUCAGUAUACGUAUGUAUAACUGACUAAUGGUAACAUGUUUGUCAAAGGAUAUGAAGAAUUUUUUUUUUUUUAUGAAUGUGUGAAUAUAUUUGUUCAUCUAAAAAGUGGAGGGUCCAUAAGAAAUGGACUAACUCCAAGUACAAGGGGAAGAAAGAUACAUGAGAAGGAGAAAUUACAAAAGUAAACUAUCAUGGAGGUUGAACGGCCAUAGCAGAAUAAAUAUAUGAAGAAAAA